UGUUAGUGUUCAUGACUACAACGAGAAGCAUUGAGUACGGGAAACCAUGAAAGACAAACUUCUCUUCCUGGUUUGCCUAUCGAUUGUGCUCAUAAUCCAGUUUCCGGUUGCUUUUCAACAGUAUGCUUGUGAUAUCAAUGACCCAAAAACGAGCGGAUUCCCCUUUUGCAACACUUCAUUGCCUUACCAAGACAGGGCCAUGGACCUGGUCUCGAGGCUGACUCUCCAAGAAAAGGUGCAGCAGUUAGUAGACCGAGCCACAGGCAUUCCUAGGCUUGGAGUGCCGCCCUACAACUGGUGGUCAGAAGCCCUCCAUGGUGUCUCGUCAGUAGGAAGGGGAGUGCACUUCAACGAAACCGUGCCCGGGGCCACGAGCUUCCCUGCAGUUAUACUAUCCGCUGCGAGCUUCAAUGCCUCACUGUGGUACAGGAUGGGCCAGGUCGUGUCCAACGAGGCCCGGGCAAUGCACAACGUGGGCCUCGCUGGACUCACGUACUGGAGCCCGAAUGUGAAUGUGUUCCGUGACCCAAGGUGGGGCCGGGGGCAGGAGACACCCGGGGAGGACCCACUAGUUGUGUCAAGGUAUGCAGUUAACUAUAUUCGGGGUCUUCAGGAAGUGAGCCCUACGAGCGAGAGGCUGAAGGUCUCUAGCUGCUGCAAGCAUUACACCGCAUACGAUCUGGACAAAUGGAAAGAUAUUGAUCGGUUUCACUUUGAUGCGAAGGUGACAAAACAAGACAUGGAGGACACUUUUCAGCCCCCGUUUAAGAGCUGCGUUCAGGAUGGACAUGUAAGUAGUGUCAUGUGUUCAUACAACCGAGUGAACGGCAUCCCAACUUGUGCCGAUCCUGAUCUGCUGAAGGGAAUUGUCAGAGGCCAGUGGGGAUUGAAUGGAUAUGUCGUUUCCGACUGUGACUCCGUUGAGGUUUAUUAUGAUCAACUCCACUACACCAACACGCCUGAAGACGCUGUAGCCCUUGCCCUGAAAGCAGGUCUGAACAUGAACUGUGGAGAUUUCCUUGGCAAGUACACCGAAAAUGCUGUUAACUUGAAGAAGGUGGAUGAGUCGGUCGUAGAUGAGUCCUUGAUAUACAACUAUGUCGUCCUGAUGAGGCUAGGCUUCUUUGACGGGGACCCGCAAUACCUCGAGUUUGGAGAUUUGGGCCCAGAAGAUGUAUGCACCGAAGAGAACCAGCUACUGGCAAUUGAAGCAGCAAAGCAAGGAAUAGUAUUGCUGAAGAACAAUGGAGCCCUUCCUCUUUCCAAAAACACGACCAAGAGGUUAGCAGUUAUUGGACAAAACGGCAAUGCAACUUCCACUAUGAUAAGCAACUAUGCAGGAGUACCUUGCCGCUACACUAGCCCGUUGAAGGGGCUGCAAAAGUAUUUGGCGACUGUGACGUACGAAGUGGGAUGUGCUGACGUGAAGUGUGCUGAUGACUCUCUGGUACCAGCUGCGGUGGAGGCUGCAGGAGAGGCCGAUGUGGUAGUGCUGGUUGUGGGUCUUGACCAGUCGAUUGAAGCGGAAGGGUUGGAUCGGGAGAACUUGAUGCUACCUGGAUUCCAGGAGAAGCUUGUUAUGCAAGUGACUAAUGCGACAAAAGGGUCUGUCAUUCUUGUUGUUAUGUCAGCAGGCCCCAUUGAUGUUUCGUUUGCAAAGAAUAUCAAUAAGAUCGGGGGAAUGUUGUGGGUAGGAUACCCUGGUCAGGAUGGAGGAGAGGCCAUAGCUCAGGUCAUCUUUGGAGAUUACAACCCAAGCGGGAGGUCCCCUUUCACAUGGUAUUCCCAGGAGUAUGUUGAUCUACUGCCAAUGACAGACAUGAACAUGAGAGCUAACACCUCCACGAACUUCCCCGGAAGAACCUACCGUUUCUACACAGGACAGCCUGUCUACCCAUUUGGCCAUGGGCUCAGCUACUCCAGGUACACCAAGACCAUGGUAUCUGCCCCUACUACAAUAACUGUCCGACCGAAAUCCUCUCAGACCAUGAACGAGGAUCAUCUUUCCAGCCAAGCCAUCCUACAUAGUCCUUACUCCAAUGCCCAGACUGUGAAUGUUUCGGCAGUCAACUGCACCGGACUGGUAGUCAGUUUCUUGGUGGGGGUGAAGAAUAACGGGAAGCGGGCAGGAGAUCAUGUGGUUUUGGUGUUCUGGAAACCCUCAAGAUCACGGGCUCCGGUAGGUGCACCGAAUCUGCAGCUGGUGGGGUUUGAGAGGGUGCAUGUUGAUGCAGGGAAGACGGUGACCGUUAUGGUGAGAAUGGAUGUGUGUAAGGACCUAAGCAUGGCAGACAAGGAGGGGACACGGGUUCUCGUCCUAGGACAGUAUGAUUUUGUGGUUGGAGCUCCGGGUGAAAGCCAAGUGAGCCACCAGGUCAACUUCAGGCUGAGUAAUGGAGGUGAGAACGAUGCCGAAUUGGAAUACACCGGAUCGAUGUAAUAGCAGCAGAAAGCAGUUAUAGUGGACAGAUAGUAAAGCGGACCCAACUUAUGUAACUAAACAUUUUCAUUCUAUCCCUUGUUAAUUCCGAGUUGCCUAUAUAUGAUGGAACUGCAAUAGCAAUUAUCAUAUCAAUAAGAAAUAAGUGUCGUGACACAUUCUUGA